AUGUACGAGUACGUCAAAAAGCACGAUCGCACACGGCUCGUCCAUUACCAAGGAAACAGGAAGGCCGAAACGACAGAUAUUUGUUCAUACAUGUACCUUGAACUCAAGAAUAUGGAACGGAAGGCAUUGGCGGAAGGUGAUGAGUUCACGAAGCCAAUAAUCCUGUGUGAGUACGGAAUGGCACUUGGGAAUGGACCAGGAGCAUCGGAGGAAUACCAGGAAAUGUUUCAUAAAUAUCGGCGUCUGCAAGGAGGAUUUGUCUGGGAAUUUGCAAAUCUCGGGUUGUGGAAGGAAGACAAAGGUUACUACGCCUAUGGGGGAAGACUUUGGCGACUAUCCAAAUGA